AUGAUCCAGACUUCUGAGUUGGGCCCAGUCCACUGGGCCACGCAGAAGACAAACCUGGGGGCCCGGGGACCGGCGAGCCAGGCGAUGCAGAGAGCACUGAAGCAUCGGCCGGACGUGAAAGAACUUUACCAGGUACUACUUGAUUCGGAAAAAACAGCUUUUCGUGCUGCCUGGACAUGCUCGAGAGAUUUCGCCUUCACGUCCUCGAAAAGGACGACAUCUAAUGUUUUCCGAAAGAGGAAGGAAGACGUUGGGGUUUUCAAAACCCAACUCCAGUUGGAGGCCAUCUUGGGAGGCAGCCACCAGCCGGAAGCUGUGAUGCAGGCGAAGAACUACAUGAGUAUGUGUCUGCGAAACGAUCUGAAGGAGUAUUGCUACAUGUUCAACGACUGGCUGAAAGCCCCCACCUACCUCUGGGUGGAGUCCCUGGUGUCUUCGAUGUCGGAGACCACCUGGAAAAAUGAAGUCACUGUGGAGGUGCAGGACGAGCCGAUCGUUGGAUCUUGGGCUUACAAGGCCCAAUUCUGCAAAGCUGCGAGAUGCUAUGCGGUCGAGAAGGGCCUGUAUGCCAAGGAUGUAACAAGAGAAAUGAUCGAGGCGACCGACCUGGGGGUUCGGGGAUAUGCUGAACUCUACGCUUCGACGCCGGCCGCCUUGCCGCAGCCGGGCGGAGAUGGAUCCGCCAGCAAGACCGCCCCGAAGCCAGGAGGACCGAUUCCGACGCCAUCGCCGGCACCGGCACCUAAAGCAAAGGGCAAACCGGGCAAGACGGAGAAGGCUACUUUGGAGGCUAUGGGCGGCCAAGGCAAGGUUGAGGGUAAUGAUGAAACCGGUCAGCCGGAGACUAAGAAGCCUAGGAAGGGUGGUGCUGGUGGCAAUGUCACUAGCAAGAAAGAACGGGAACUCAAAGAGUUCUUGGCCUUGGAAGCUCAGAGUGACAAUUGCAUGACGGCGAUUGCAGCUGAUAUGAGUGCCAACCCGGCUGCCUGGAGCUGGGCAAAGGACUUUGUACAGCAGUAUAAGUCCCUUAGGACAGAGAUCGUGCAGUUGUAUGCAGACACUGAGUUCUUCAAGGAAGCCAAGAUUGGUGGUGCCUUCACUGUAGAUGCCGAGCAGGAGCCAGAAGAUGCUGGGUAUCGUGAGGCAAAGGCACAGAGGACAUUGGCUUGCCACCAGAGAACGCACCGCGACACGCCACCGAGCAUCUUCGGCUCCCAGGCUGGCUUGCCGAAGGAACGUAUCAUCCCUGUUGCUGUUUACUUUGACGGAGUACAGUACACUAAGAAUGAGAACUUCCUUGGUUUUUACGUUACAAAUCUUCGGACAAAGCGCCAACAGCUCGUCUGGCUGCUCAGACUCUCAGAGCUUUGCUCAUGUGGGUGCCGGGGGUGGUGCUCCGUGUUUCCUUUGCUGGACCACUUUCGGCGAGAUAUGUGUGCCCCUCACAAGGACCUCCGUUCUUGCAUCAUCGACUAUAAAGCAGAUUGGCCUGCCUACAUCGAACUGUGCGGAUUCCGCACAUGGUCGCACAACAAGCACCCGUGUCCACUUUGCACCGUGAACCAAACGAAUAUGCGGGCUCUCGGGACGAUGACUCUUCACAGCUGCCCGCACAGUCUUUUCGACCAGACGGCCUACGAGGAGCUCGUCGCUGCGACCUUUCGAGAGAUCUUCGUGCCGGACGAGGACACGAAACUGCGGAUCAACGCACAACUUCGCUACCGGAGGCCUGGUCGAGGCAGAUGCUUGAAGCAGAACUUUCCUCUUCUGGGUCUCCGAAAGGGCUGGCGGCUUGAGCCGAGCUCUUCCUUGCCAGAUGUCCACGACUUCGCGAAGCAACGCUGCCCGUUCUCUUGUGUUUUCUACACUGGAGGGAAAGAUGGGAGAGUUCUUCAUUUGUCGCCUUUCCUGCAGAUCCCUGGGGUCACGAUGAACACCUGGUGUGUGGAUGUUUUGCACACAUGGCAUUACGGACCUAUGUCCACAUUCAUCGCACAUUCCUUGAGGCAUCUGCUCCGAUCGCCAGUCUACCGGCCGUCGGCAUCUGACCUGGACAAGGAAGAGGCCGACAAACUCGCUUUGUUGACUCUUCGUGCUGAGCUGUGGAGCUACUACAAACGUCGCCGGGAAAAUGACGAAGACGGCAUGUGGCGGAAGAAAGGCACAGAGGUCUGGAACUUGUCCUUGACCAUGCUGGCAGGCAAAUAUCUCAAAGCCAAGGCUGCUGAGACUCACGGGUUGUUGGGUUUCGUGGUCGGCAGGCUUGAGAAGCACGCACAUGUUCUAUUGUCUGCAGAGCAUGCCAACACGUGCGACUUCCUUUUGCGAGCGGGAAGAGCAGCAAUGGACUUCGAUGCUGUGAUGGCCAAUGGCCCGAGGGCGAUCGAUGAAAGGUUUUGCGGCAUGCUUUUCGAUCACUAUAACCGGUUCAUCUGCUUGUGUGAGAGGGCCGGGGUCGCUCUCUUGCCAAAGUGUCACAUGAUGUAUCACAUGAUUCAACGGGCGGUCCAGAAGGGAAAUCCAAGGAUGUAUUCCACAUACAUCGACGAAUCCUUGAACGGGCUCAUCGCCCAGAUCUGCAGGUCGGUGCAUCGACGUGGCUGGGCUCUGGAAGUGUACAGAAAACUUGCGAUGAUGGAAUGCUUCCAGCAGGAGGCCAACGACCGGUGA